CUUGCACUUCGGUUAACGUCUCCAUUGUCUUCGUUUAUUACUACGGUCGUUGGCUGCAUUCUCAACUAUGGCACCUGUUGAAACGGAGUAUUACGAUCUGCUAGGAGUGUCGCCUGAUGUGAAUGAUACGGACCUGAAGAAAGCGUAUCGGAAACAAGCCAUCAAGUUCCAUCCAGACAAGAAUCCGUCUCCGGAUGCGGAAGAGAAAUUCAAGGACAUUAGCAAGGCGUAUCAGGUUUUGUCCGACCCAAAUCUCCGAGCAGUCUACGACCGGAAUGGCGCUAAAAUGGUGGACAAGGAAGGCGGAGUGGGCAUGGAAGAUGCCGCGGGCUUCUUCGCCAACGUCUUUGGAGGAGAGCGAUUUAGAGACUACAUUGGCGAGAUCUCGCUCAUGAAAGAGAUGACUUCUGUCGCGACGACCAUGAUGUCUGAGGAGGAGAAGGCUGAGAUGGAGAAGGAUCUCAACGAGGGCGCAACGUCGCCCGCUGUAUCGCCUUCCGCCAGCAGCCCCACCGUCGAGUUACCGAAAACUCGGCCUACCUCUGCCGGGCCUACAUCGCCUUCGCGUGCUUCUGGCGUAUGGUCCCCACCGCUAUCCUCGCCCGUUAGCUCCGAAGUUCCCGCAUCCUCGUCUCAGAGCCUUACGUCGUCCUCAACCGGAAACCUGCGGGAGAAGGAGCAGAAAGAGUAUACGAAGAAGCGUUCGAAGCUCUCGAUAGACCAGAAGAAGAAGCUGCAGGAGCUAGAAGAUGAGCGGCGGAAGAACAUGGAGGAACGGGUGCGGACGCUGACGGAGAAGCUGAAGGACCGACUGCGGCCAUUCGUGGAGGCAAAGCGUCCAGGGGAUAAGGAUGACAAUGAGACUCAGGUGUUCGAGGCGAAGGUUCGGCAAGAGGCGGAUGAUCUGAAGCUGGAGAGCUUUGGCGUCGAGCUUCUACAUACCAUCGGUAAUGUCUACAUGAUGAAGGCGACGUCGUUCCUGAAAUCACGAAAAUUCCUCGGGAUUCCUGGCUUCUUCUCACGGCUGAAGGAGAAGGGAACUGUUGCAAAAGACGCGUGGGGAGUCAUUGGAUCCGCAAUAGGCGUUCAGCAAGUGAUGCAGGAAAUGGAAAAACUACAAGCGAAGGGAGAUGUUCCAGAAGAUGAACUCCGUGCGCUAGAAGAGGACGUCACUGGCAAGAUCAUGCUUGCAUCAUGGCGAGGGACCCGCUUUGAGGUCGUGCAAGUAUUGCGCGAGGUCGUGGAUAAUGUGUUGAAAGAUCACGAAGCCACAGAUCAAAUAUUGUAUAACAGAGCCAAGGGUCUGCUGUUAAUGGGCGCCAUUUUCAAGUCCACAGUUCCCGAUGAGACUGACGAGGAGCGACGCGAGCUCGAGCGGAUGGUGGCCGAGGCAGCCUCUGGAAAGUCUAAGCACCAUGUGCGCCCCAAGAGCAAGCGCCACGGCCAGGAGUCGGUGCACUCCACGUCGUCGCAAGAGAAGAAGGGGCAUGCUUCCCACCCGUCCGCGAGCUAAGUAUGUCCCCGACGAGGCCGCGAUAGCGAUCUUGUCCGGGCCAACUGCUGUUUUCAUCUGUUGGUUUGAGGUGUGGGCUGGGUGUUCGUCUGCAAUUUUUGUUAUAAUACAUACGCUACUUUUUGCUGUAUCUAGAGCGUUUAGACCGUAAACUCCUCUCCACGCCCGUCAGUCAUGAUAGCUUUCAUAUCAAUGUAAUCUUUUAAUAAUUUACCUUUGAAUCUCCUCAGUCUUAUACCCAC